UGCCAGAUGACUCGAUGCCCACUGUCGUGCCAGAUGACUCGGUGCCCGCUGUCGUGCCAGAUGACUCGGUGCCCGCUGCCGAGCUUGAUGACUCGAUGCCCGCUGUCGUGCCAGAUGACUCGUGCCCGCUGUCAUGCCAGAUGACUCGGUGCCCGCUGUCGUGCCAGGUGACUCGGUGCCCGCUGUCGUGCCAGAUGACUCGGUGCCCGCUGUCGAGCUUGGUGACUCGGUGCCCGCUGUUCUGCCAGAUGACUCGGUGCCCGCUGUCGUGCCAGGUGACUCGGUGCCCGCUGUCGUGCCAG